GGGGGGUUAUUUAUAUUUAUAUGAGUUGAGGGGAGGCGCAAUGACCGGCUUGUCGUCGUACGCCCCCCCCUCCGACACUAAUUACCUCUCAUCUUCCAUCAUUUCCCGCCCGACCCCUUCUUACCCCCCUGAUUCUGUCCUGAUUGAGGAAGGCGACACUCUGUGGGAUUUCUAUGAGCGUUUUGGGGUUAAUUGCAAAGACCUACAGGAUGCCAAUAACCUUAAGGAUGACCUUAUUUUGGCGGGAGAUGCGUUGAGGAUCCCCAAGGUUACUUAUCGACCGAAAGCCCACGUGGACGAAAACUUUCCCGCCAAUUCCUCUUUCCCUCUCUCUUCUUCUCUUGCUCCCCUCUCUUCGUCUUCUUCUUUUUCUUCUUCUUCUUCGUCUAGAGAGCACGGGACGAAGAAGAAGAAGACGACAAAAGCCAUUUUAAUUCAAAAGGGAGACACGGCUUGGGGGAUUUCCGAGAGAUUCGGUCUGUCGUUGGCGGAUCUCAAAGAGGUGAAUGAUUGCAUACCAGAGGUGCUCUUUCCUGGGGAUGUACUCCAAGUACCGGCGGAUGCCGUCGAGAGACCGAAGGCAUUGAUCGAUUUAAAAGGGGCCAAGGCGGAUCUUAAAAGGCUGGCCAAGGCGGGAUUAUUUCCCCUUUUCUUCCCAUUUCCACCUCCCAGAGAUGUGGAGGAAUAUAGGCAAUCGCAUCGCAUCUUCCUGGAUGCGCUUCGACUCGUUGAGACGAGUAACAUCAUGCCAGCGCCCAAAGGAGAUGACGGGCUAAGCAUAGGUCCGCUGCAGAUCAGGCGAAAAGUACGCAGUGCAAUGAAGCGAUGCGGGUACCGGUUGAAAGGCAUGCCGGAGUUUUCUUACACGCCCAGUGAAAAUAGAGUAUACCCUAUUUUUGAGAAGCAUUUCGCAUUUCCAAUACCCUUCUUUGAGUCCAGAGAGGACAGCGGCGGCGAUUCCGGCGCCGGCACGGCGAUUCUAUAAUCCAGAAUAUUGCACACAAUAUGGGACAAGUGCGUAUGCCUUUGUUGGGACUUGGGGGGGUCCCAACACUGCCUACUUUGUUCUUGAGACUCGGGUAUCCCAACAUGGGCCCCAUGGUUGGGACUUGGGGGUGUCCGAACACUGGCUUCUUUGGUGGAAAACUUGGGGGUGCCCGGACACUGCAUACUUCGUUCUUGGGACUUGGGGGUGUCCCAACACUGGUUUCUUUGUCCGGACUUGGGGGUGUCCCAACACCGGCUCUGUUGUUGUUGGGACUCAAGUAUCGCGACAUGGGGUCAUCAUUGGGACUUGAGUACCCCAACACGGGAUCCAUUGUUCGGACUUGGGGAUAAUCUUAACAUGGCCUCCUUCGUUGGGACUCGGGCGUUUCUCAUCACACGCUGGCUCCUUCAUUGGGACUGGGGUGUCCCAAUGCUGGAUCCUUUGUUGGGACUUGGGUAUCCAACACUCAACGUUAGCGUAGUCAGUCCUGUACUUUGCUCUGGAGUUAUAGCUGCACCCCCGUAGCUUGAGCUAAGCUUCAGCAUUGGAACU